AUGGAGACCGGGCUGCCAAGAGCUGUACUUCUCCUCUGCAUGGUAGAUGUGCUCCACUCUUUUGCGAUUGAGGAGAAAGAAGAUAUAUUCAAGCGAAUGGUUUGUCCUGCUUUCCUGAUGUUUGACAACGCCGCUUACCUGGCCGACAUGACCUUUGAGCUCCCUUGCAACUGCAAGCCCGAGGAGGUCUCUAAUGUCGUCUGGUACUUCCAGAAGACCAUGGGAAGCAAGAAAACCACAGUCCUGACGGACUUUGCUGGCAACGUGGUUCUUGACUCGGGCCAUAUCCACGUGGGCAGCAACGUGCUGAAGCGUUUCAGCAUCCGGAUGUUCAGUCUCAUCGUCUUCCGGGCCCAAGUGACGGACUCGGGCCUCUACCUGUGCGGCACUAAGAAAGGGGACUUCUUCUACGGCUACGACGUGGACGUGCAGCCAACUAAGCAGAUCACGGUGGCUUUUGUGGACAGAGGCGAGCACGUCCAGGACGACUACACAGGGAAGCUCUUCAGCCUCUUCACCACCUUCUGGGACUGGACCAAAUGCGACCGCUGCGGUGUGAGGGGCGAGCAGCGGCGGAUCGGGCUGUGCUACAUGCGGAGCGCCAAGCUGCACCCCCGCUACCGCACUGCCCUGCCCAACGUCACCUCCUGCGGCUCCAGGGCCGUCUCCAUGCGUCUUCAGCGCCACGGCCGCCGCUGGAGGCCCGAGGUGGCCAUCCGAAGCUGCCUGGCCCCCUGCGUGAAGGAGCAGGACCCCCAGGAAGGGGUGCAGGCCAUCUCCAACGUAAUUUACAAGCUGGGCCAGAAGCCCUGGCUGCCCCACGUCCCCACGCAGUUCCACAAGCAUCCAGUAGGAAGAGAUCUGAUCAUCGCCUGCCCAGGAGCCCGGCCCGAGCACGCCGUGGCCUGGGACAAGGACUCUGUCCGGCUCUACCGCUCCCACUUCCUCGUGGGUGUCAACCAGAGCAUGCGGGUCUUCAUCGACCACGGAAACCACCUGCACAUCCAGCGGGUCCAGUUCAGUGACGGAGGCACCUACUUCUGCUGGCGGGAGGGCCAGCUGGUGGCCGGCUUCCGGCUCAGCGUGGGCCACCAGCGCCAGCGCAGGCGGACGCUCGACGAUCCCGAGACGAUCUAUGCCAUCAAGGCCAUCAGCACGAGCUACGUCCUCAUCAGCGCCAUCUUCGUCAGCAUCCACGUGUGCCGCUGCUGCUGGCAGGUGUUCAGGUGUCCCGUGAGGAAGUAG